CGCCCCCUCCCCUCCAUGAUGGAAGAAGACGAGGGAUGGCAAGCAAGGCUUGAGGCGUUGAUGGAGGAGGGCGAGUUGGAAGAAGAGGUGAAGACCAUCAUUCGCACAGUCGCAGACAAGCAGAGCGACGCAACCGCCAUGUUGGAUCUGUGUGGUCUUCAGGAAGUUGGAGCACGUGCGCUCGCGAUUGCGCUCCACCGAAACGCCACCAUCGAGGAACUCAAGCUGGAGAACAAUCAGCUUGGAGACACGGGCAUGGCGGCGCUCGCCCCAGCAUUGACACACCUUUCAUCGCUCACACGACUCGAAUUACAGCGCAACAGCAUUGGAGAUGCGGGCGUCACUGCCCUUGCGCCUGCCCUUGAGCACUUGGCUGCACUGAAGACACUCGAUUUGCGGCACAAUGACAUCGGAGACGCGGGCAUGAAAGCACUGUCUCAGACCCUGCUUCGCCUGUCAUCGCUGGAGGAGCUCUUCCUGCACGGCAACCACAUUGGCACUGUGGGUGCGGCCGCACUUGCACAGGCACUGCCACACUUGACAUUGCUGACAGAACUCCAGCUGUACCGCAACAGGAUUGGCGACGCAGGAGCAAAAUCCCUGUGUUCCGUGCUUCCACUCCUCACGUCGCUGCAAGUACUUGGGAUAUUCCGCAACGGCCUCACAGAAAGCGGGAUGAUUGAGAUGCUCAAGCAAUUGGAGGGCAUGGACACCAGAGCCGAAAUUCGGUUGUUUGAGGACAGCCUCACGUCCUCCGCCAGUGUCGCUCGUGCCUUGGCCACAGUUCGCACCGAGAAACCAGACCUGCAAGUGUUCUUCUCGUGGACGGGCGAUGAGGACCAGUUUGACCUGUCUGUAGCGACGGCCUAUCAGGAGCAGCUGGAUCUCCUCCAGCUCCUGGAGCUGGGCUCUGUUCCGCUGGAAACAGCAAAGGUGUUCGUUUGCGGCGACUAUGGCAUCGGCAAGACCACGAUGAUCGACUCCCUGCCCGGAGCAUGGCUUCGUCGGUUCACCCGCACCCUCCGGCAGCCGGGCGACCAUCCCGACCGCCCGUAUGAGCGCACACCGGGCAUCUGCGUCCGCGACAUGCGGCUCCGCGACAGCACGGGCGAUGGCGGCGGUGGCGAACACUGCAUCGCCUCCCUCCGCGUGUACGAUUUUGGCGGGCAAUUGGCGUACCACGUCAUCCACACGCUGAUGAUGUCGGACCGGCUUGCUGCCUUUGUUGUCUGCGUGGACUUGUCCCAGCCCGAGGAGCACGUGAAGGAGCGCGCCAGGUACUGGCUGCGGUUCAUCUGCACCCGACUCAAGCAGGGGGUGGCGGCCGCAGAAGCAACAGUGGACGACGAUGCGAUGGGCGAGGUGAAGCCGCGCGUCGUGGUUGUGGGAACGAAGAGAGAUGUGGCAUUCAAGAAGGGGGCUGUGAAUGCCAACGGACAGCCGCCGUGGGGCGCAGCAAUGAUUGCAUCCUUCAAGCACACCUUUGGCGAUAUCAUUGACAUCCACGACAGCCUCAUCUCCGUGAACUGCCACCUGGGCCGUGGGCGAAACUUUGAUGCUCUCCGCUCUCAUCUGAUUGAGCACUGGCGGUGGCUCAGAAACCGCGAGGUGCUGGUGCCAAAAGUGGUGUCCGAAGUGUCGAAGGCGCUGUCGGAUGCAGCUGCGCACCAGCCCAUGUGGGAUACUGACGAGCUGUUCCGGUACACAUGUGCCCGGGACAGUGAGAUGGCCCUCAUUUCGGCGAACGAGGGUGACAUGUUCAGACUCACGCUGAGGUAUCUGCACUCACGCGGCGACCUGCUUUGGUACUCCACGUCUCCGGCUUUGGUCGACCAUGUCUUCGUGUCCCCAAAUUGGCUUCUGCAUGAUGUUCUGGGGAGGGCGCUUGCCCCCGAUGGCGUGCAGCAAGGCUCCGUUUCAGAGAACGGCGUUGUAACAUUCACCGAUCUCGAGACUGCGUUCUGCGGCAUCGCCAGCGCCGACGUCGUUGUCGACGUGCUUCAGCACACGCUCCUCUGCUUCGAGCUCCCGCCUGACGAUGACGGCCAGCGGCGGUUCAUGUUGCCCAGUCGAGUGGAUGACGUGGUUGACCUUGAGGACGCUUGGCCGCGCGCCGGGAUGUGGCCGCUGUAUGGCGGGCGGCGAUUGGUGGUGGAGAGCGCCGCAUUUGCGCUUCCGCCGGGCUUCUUCCCGCAUGUGCAGACGCUGCUGCUGCGGGCGUUUGGUGCCACGCUGCGGGUGUGGAAGGACGCUUUCUUCUGUGAACGGGACGGCGUGCAGUGCCUUGGACUGCUGCGCAGCGACCGUGCCGUUGAUGUGUGGGUUCGAGCACCUCCCGGUGCGGAGUGCAGCGCGCUGCCUUGCUUGAUGGAGGUGUUCUGCCUGCUGCAAGAGGAGGCGCAGGGCAUUGACCACGCCCACCUCGUGCUCAGCACCAAACACCUCAAGGCGCACCAAGAGCAUCCCACAGGAUACCGCAUGGAAGAUCUGAAGGGCAAAGGCGCAGACCAAUUUGUCACGUCCACAGCGUCCACGGUGCCCACGGUGCCCACGGCGUCACCACACCCGGUGUCCGAGCGCGUGUGCGACCUGCUGCUGAAAGGACAAACGCAGCCUGCCCCCGUCAUGCCUUCGUGGCAGCUGCGUGAUCACGAGUGGCACCACUCUGCGUGGCGCCUGGACGACACAUUCGACGAGCAGCUGCCUUGGAAUGCGCCAAACGCCUUUGGCGUGUACUCCGCGCCGCUUCCAGGGGACACCGAGCUCUAUCGGUGGAUUGAGAGCGAGAUGGCGUCGGGACUCACCCUGUCGAGGGUGGAGGUGUCAAAGUCAACGGCAAUGCUGGAGGCGUUCCACGCGCAGCUGAAGCGGUCCGCCAACCGCCGCAGCAUCAGCACGGCCUGCAACCCGUUCAACAAAGACUUUGGCGCCGCCUUUCCUGGCAAGCGGCAGAUGCUCGUUCGGCUCAAGUCCCAGUUUGCCCAGACACCUUCCGGCAUGAGCCAUGUCAAUGUUCUCGUUGCCUGGCACGGGUGCGACGAAGCUGUUGCUGACAGCAUCACAGCGAGUGGCACCGCCAACCUAAGCAGCGCGGAUGACCCGGGUUACUUUGGUGCCGGCAUCUACCUCACGCCGCAAGCAAAUUACGCAGCUGGCUACUCGACACGCUUGGCCACUGGCAAUUGGCGACCCCCAAACGACUGCGGCGAGCACGUGCUGUUGUUGUGUGCCGUCAGCACUGGGCUGACGUACCCCAUCACCCGGGACACUGACUACCCUUCAGAAGGCCCUGACAUGGACACGUGUGACUUUCUGGGGCGAAAGCUGAAGAACGGGUGCGACUCACACUACAUCCAGGUGUCGCGCCGCAUGGCCUUCCAAUCCACGACCGUGCCUGGCAAGUUUGACUUUGAAGAGUACGUCGUCUCGCAAGAAGCCCAGGUGCUGCCCAUCGCCAAAGUGUUUGUCAAGGUGGACGAGGAGGUCUUGAAGGCACAGCUGUAGUUGGAGUGGAGUGGGGGGGGUGUUAGGUUGGGUGUAUGUGUGUGUGUGAGUGUAAGAGAAUGCGUGUGAUUGUGUGCCGUGUAAGAGAAUGCGUGUGUGUGUGUGUGUGUGUGUGUGUGUGUGU